AUGGAGGCUCCCGACUACGAUUCCGCCGGAGGCCUUGCCGCUGCAAUCCGAUAUUUAUACCUGGGUGAAGCUCCCCGCGAGCUGCGGAGCGGACCAGGGACUGGAUUUACAGAAUCCGAAGUCUUCACUGGCAUCGAUAAGAUCUCUCAAUACCUCGAAAUUGAAAGUCUUAUGGAAAGCCUCUUAGACAGCGGCGAUAGACGACGCGCAAGGCAACGCAGAACCACGGAACUUGGCAAGGGCCGUGAUCAAAUAGAAGAGUGGUUCCGGCAAAAUGUACUGGGCAACAGGGUGGUUAUUGAGACCUCGAAACUGGAUGAAGUCAAGUGGUGCCGCAACAAUGCAAUCUUUGCAGACGUCCUGCUGCGAGCAGAUGAGCUGCUAGACGAGGAUGAGGACGCUUCAGAUGAAAUUCCGAAAACUACCUUGUUCCCCUGUCACCGCGCGAUGCUCCUCCGAUCGGAGUUCUUCCAAGCCAUGUUCACGUCAUCUUUCCGAGAAGCGCAUGUUAAGGACCAGCUGCACAUUAUCGACGUGGACUGCUCGCCGGACGUUCUAGAGAUUAUCUUGACAUUCUUAUACACCGAGCGGGCAGAUUUCCCUCUGGAAAUUGCCGUUGACGUUUUGUUCGCCGCUGACAUGCUCUUUAUCGAGAAGUUGAAGACCAAGGCAGCUGUGGUCAUCAGUACCUUGGGCAGUGGUGUCUCACAAGCCGAAGCAGCCAGGACCCGUGGUACUCAAGAUGAAGACGAUAUCGACAUUUAUGCAAUUAUCCGAGCUGCUUGGUUGACUCGCGUCCAACGUCUGGAAGAAUUUGCCGCUCGCUUCCUUGCAUAUAGACUAGAGGCACAUAUUGAUUUGCCUGAGUUCGCGGAAUUAAUCAAAGAGUCUGCGGCUCGCAUUCAGGCGCGUCAGGAAACUGAUUCCAUUGAGUUGCUGGAUGAUAUUCGCUUCUACCUCAACGAGCGGUUCAGAUUGCGGUUCGACGAUGCAGGUCUUGACGAGUUGAUGGAAGAGCAGCCACAACCCGCGAAUGGCGAGGACACCGCACAGACUGAAGAUUUGGAGAAGAUUACAGAAGGAGUUGAGGCAAUGAAGAUCGCCAAGACGACCGCACCAGACACGCGUUCCCAGCAACCGCAGGGGUAUACCCGGGAGAUUCGGACACUGGACGGUGCGCUCGUCGAGGACGAAUUUGACGAGGACGCGAUGAACUACCAGAUCCUGUUGGAGAAGCUGGAUGCCCUCUUGGAGAGACUGAACCUGGACGCUUAA